AUGGCUCUUUCAUCAAACUGGCAAGCACUAUUAGCCUCUGAAAGCAGUCCUGUUUCUGUUAGAAAGGGUAAACAACCUAAUAGGAGGAUCAGCAGUAGCAAGAAAAUUAGCAAGGUAACCGGACCCAAUAGUAUUUCCCAAUGUGUUCACCAGAAGCGCAAAACUGGUAGUAAGAUCAUGGACAUGGUAUAUAGCAUGAACAAAGAAAUCAGCAAACAUGAGAAGAAUAAGCUCGAGGGAAAGGUGUUUGAAUUCAACCCGACUAGAGGAAAUGCAGAUACUACUAUCGAAGAACCGGUACAGGUAGGUGUGUUAGAAAAUACUGGUAGUGGUAACAACAAGAGCAAAGAAAUUGGCAAGUACAUUGCUAUGGACUGCGAAUUUGUAGGCGUUGGACCCGAAGGUAAAGAAUCUGCGUUAGCUAGGAUAUCUAUUGUAAAUUAUUAUGGACAUAUCAUCCUGGAUGAGUUUGUGAAACCGAGGGAGAAGGUUGUAGAAUGGAGAACCUGGGUUAGUGGUAUUAAACCAGAACAUAUGAAGAACGCGAUAACCUUCAAAGAUGCACAAAAGAGGACUGCUGAUGUUUUGGAUGGUAGGAUUCUUGUAGGUCAUGCUUUAAAGCAUGACCUCGAAGCUUUGAUGCUAUCUCACCCAAAAUCAAUGCUGAGAGAUACUUCUAGACACCUACCAUUCAGGCAAGCUUAUGCUAAAGGUAAAACUCCAAGCUUAAAGAAAUUAACCCGGGAGGUAUUGAAAGUUGCAAUUCAAGAAGGUGAGCAUUCUUCUGUUGAAGAUGCUCGUGCUACCAUGUUGUUAUAUAAGAAGGAGAAGGCAGAAUUUGAAAAGAUUCACAGAAAUACUUUCAAUUAA